GCGGCAGUCGCAUUGACGAGCACGCGGAUGACGGGCCAAAGGACUAUUUGAAAAAGCGCGCCGUCAGUUGCGUUGUAUGGCUCAAUGACCAGGAGGCGCCUUCGGAUGACGAGCCAGCUACCCCUGAAGGGAAGAAAACGAAGGCGUUAUCGGUGAAAACGACCCGCGACGACUCCAAGUUCCGAGGUGGUGACUUCUUCAUCGAGGACACGUCGAAGAGCGAUUUGUUGGCGGAUGCAACGACGUGGCAAAAAGUCACCCCGAAAAAGAACAUGGGCGGCUUCUUCCGCAGUAACCGAAAGCACAAAGUGAGUGAGAUCACCGCUGGGAACCGACUCAGCUUUCUGUGCUGGUUUACUCGAGACGCGGAGCACUGCGAAGAUUUUAAGCUCGGCAGGGAGCACCACAGAUUAUCCCAUUUGACUAAUGAUGGCAAGCUCAGCUCUACGGAGAUGCAGGAUGGCGACGUACUACUGUUAUACAUCAUGCGAUAAAGAUAAACAUAAAAUUUAACACCUAAACAUGCAUCAUUUUUAUCGAUAACUUGAUGACUUCUUUUUAUAGGAAGGAUCCAGCACCUCAUAUCCUGUAGAUUAGUAUAUCGAUGUUGAAUUUCAAUUUCAAACAGAUCCUCAACCUCUUCGAUAGAAAGAAACACCUCUCGACUAAGUCUGAUAACAAAACCACAAGGUAAAAUACGAGUGCACGCAGGAGAUUAUCAAAACACGGGUGGAGCAAGAUCGAGAAAUGCCGUCGCAAGUGACGGUAGAUGCGCCGGACACUACUACCGGCGACAGGCAUAUUCAAGAAAUGUUUGGCUAC